AUGGUAGAGAAGGUGCUUGCGGCUGGGCCCUUGACGUCGAGACCAGGAAAUGCUCGACGCGGGACAUGCGGGUCGACGCGGAGAUGCCGUCGCAGGCUCGCAGUUGGGCAUGAAGAUCUCAGCGGGCGGAGGAUUGAGCGAGGACAGAGGUUGGGCCUGGGUUUGGAUCGAGGUGGUGUUCCUGGGGCCGUCGUUCGACAUCAGGUAGCGACUGGGGGCAGCGGCUCCAGGUGCCUGACAUGUGUCCGGAGGGGUGGGACAUGGCUGGUUCGGUGUAGUGCGAACGCGCGGUACCGACUCGAGCUGGCGGUAAUGGUGGCAGCCUUUGUUCGCAUCUGUGCUGGCUGGGCUGAGCGUGACUGA